UUUCGUAGUAGGGAGCUAACUUUAGCUAGCCCGUUAGCGGAUUGUACGGAAAUUAGGAUACCGUUAGCCGAAGGAGCGGGUGGUGCCAACGCUUUCUCUAUAGUUUCUUGCCAGCCUUAACAUUUGUAUAUGCCGACACCGGUGAUGUUAGCAUUGUCCGGUAAAGCAAGCUGACACAACUCAGGCUAGGUUGCUAGCUAGCGUGUUACAACUUAUAAAUCUCUCAACUUGGCUCGUGUGCGUGGGCCACAACAGCCUGAGUAAUCACCAGAGACUGUAGCUAACGGAGAAGUCAGUUAGCCUGAAGGCCGUAGCAGUAGCAUAACAGCGUGCACUAGGAAGCCGGGCGAAGUCAAACCCGGUAGGAUAUUUUGCUAGCACAGUGGAGCUAGUCUGUUGGCUUUUGUAACAUGAAAAAGUCACAGUCAGACACACUCGGUUUUGUUCCUCAGAAAGACAUAGUAUACAACAAACUUCUGCCGUACGCGGACAGGCUCGAUGACGAAUCCAAUGAUAUUUUGAGUAGAAUUAAAGGAAACUUGAGUCGAGCUGUUCAGCUCAGAGAGAUAUGGCCCGGGGUGCUUUUCUGGACAAGGAAACUUUCCACGUACAUGAGACUGUAUGGUCGAAAAUUCAGCAAAGAAGACCAUGUGCUCUUCAUCAAGUUGCUUUACGAGCUAGUGACAAUCCACAGGCUGGAGAUCAGCAUGAUGCAGGGACUUGCUCGGCUGCUGAUCAACCUUCUCAAGAAAAGGGAACUGCUAUCAAGGGAGGACCUUGAGCUGCCAUGGAGACCACUGUACGAGCUGCAUGACAGGAUUCUGUUCUCAAAAACAGAGCAUCUGGGACUCAACUGGUUUCCCAAUUCUCCACGGCCUCGUUCAUCCUCUAAACACAUAAUGCUAAAAUUGGUUCAGAGGUGCUCUGUGGAAAGUGUGUUGAAAACACUUGUGAAAAGCUGCAGACCAUACUUUUCAGAGUCUUCGACUCAGGAGAUGCUGGAUGAGUGGAGACCACUCUUCUGCCCGUUUGAUGUCACCAUGCAAAGGGGAAUCAGCUACUUUGAGCUCUUUCUCCCCACAACUUUGCCUCCUGAGCUGCAUCACAAAGGGUUCAAGUUGUGGUUUGAUGAAAUGAUCGGUUUAUGGAUGUCUGUGCAAAAUCUCCCAAGCUGGGAAGUGCACCUGGUCAGCCUCUUCGCUCGCUUGGCUAAUGAUAACAUUGGCUACAUUGAUUGGGACCCCUAUAUCCCUAAGAUUUUUACAAGAAUUUUGAGGAGUUUGAAUCUCCCUGUGGGGACGGGUCAGAUGAUGGUGGCACGACAUCUCACCAAUGCCUAUGACAUUGGUCAUGUGGUGCUUUGGGUCUCAUCCCUCCUGGGAGGACCCAGCAAGCAAACUCAAGCUCAACUCGGUGGCCUUUUCAACAGUAUUACGUCCUUCUUUCACCCAUCAAACCAUGGACGCUGGUUGAUGAAGCUAAUGAAGCUUCUCCAACGUCUCCCGGCCAGUGUGGUGCGGCGGCUGCACAGAGAGCGCUACAGAAAGCCCACGUGGUUAACACCGAUCCCAGACAGCCACAAACUCACAGAGGAGGAUAUCACAAACUUCGUGGAGAGCAUGAUGCAGCCGGUUCUGCUGGCCAUGUUCAGCAAGACCGGCAGUCUCGAUGCAGCCCAGGCCCUGCAAAACCUGGCUCUAAUGAGGCCUGAGCUGGUCAUUCCCCCUGUGCUGGAGAGAACCUUCCCUGCUCUGGAGACACUAACAGAGCCCCAUCAGCUGACGGCUACUCUGAGCUGCAUGAUUGGUGUGGCACGGAGUCUAGUGUCAGGUGGGCAGCGCUUUCCUGAGGGGCCCACUCACAUGCUGCCCCUGCUUAUGAGAGCUCUGCCAGGCGUCGACCCAAAUGAUUUCAGCAAGUGCAUGAUCACGUUCCAGUUUAUUGCUACAUUUGUGACUCUUGUGCCUUUGGUGGACUGUUCAUCUGUCCUACAUGAAAGAACUGACUUGUCAGAGGUGGAAAGAGAGAUGUGCUCAGCCUCAGCUGAGUUUGAAGACUUUGUGCUGCAGUUCAUGGACAGAUGUUUUGCCCUGAUAGACAGCAGCACUCUGGAACAAACUCGAGAGGAAACAGAGACAGAGAAAAUGACUCACUUGGAGAGUCUGGUAGAGCUCGGCUUGUCCUCCACGUUUAGCACCAUCCUCACACAGUGUUCCUUGGACAUCUUCAAGGUGGCUCUGGUAAAAGUCUUCAACUUUGCAACCACCAACAUCUUUGAGACACGUGUAGCAGGGAGGAUGGUGGCUGACAUGUGCAGAGCUGCUUCAAAGUGUCACCCUGCAGAGUCUCUCAAAAUGUUUGUGCCACACUGCUGCAAUGCCAUUAACCACAUUGCUGUCAAUGAGGAAGUGUUGAAUGAGGAAGAGCUUGACAAGGAGUUGUUGUGGAAUCUCCAGUUACUGUCCGAGGUUACUCGGGUGGACGGUGACAAGAUCCUGCUCUAUCGCACUGACCUGGUCCAGAUUUUGGAGUUGACGCUCCACCUCAAGGGCAAGCAGGGCUACACACUAGCAUGCAACCUGCUUCACCACAUUCUCCGUUCUUCUGUCCUCCUCUACCCGACAGAGUACUGUAGUGUGCCAGGGGGCUUCCACCAACCAGUCAGUGACUACCUCCCCAUUAAGGACUGGGGUCGGCCUGGAGACCUGUGGAAUUUAGAUAUUCAGUGGCAUGUGCCCAGUGUUGAGGAAACAUCUUUCGCUUUUUAUUUAUUGGACCUGAUCCUCCAGCCAGAGCUUCAGCGCCUUCAGAGAUUUGCUCAGGGAGAACAGGACAUGAGCAGAGAUGAUGUGUUACAAAGCCUGACCAUUAUUCAGCACUGCCUUCUUGGUGCUGGGAGUCUGAUGCCUCCACUGAAAGGAGAGCCCAUUGCUGAACUGGUCCACAGCAUGGUGAAUCUAGAUGAGACCAUCCUCUACACAGGAAUGUGCUAUGACGAGUCCAGAGAGAACUACAGAGAUGCUAUCUGCAAUGUUAUGAGACAGCUGCUGCAUUACAUACUGGAGCACUCUGAAGAUGACACCAAGUCUCUUUUCUCCAUCAUCAAGAUUAUCAGUGACCUGUUGCACUUCAAAGGUUGCCACAAACACGAGUUUGACUCCCGCUGGAAGAGCUUCAACCUUGUGAAGAAAUCAAUGGAGAACAGACUUCACGGCAGAAAGCAGCACAUCAGAGCUCUUCUAAUAGACAGAGUCAUGCUCCAGCAUGAACUACGGAAGCUGACAGUGGAAGGGUGUCAGUACAGGAGCAUUCACCAGGAGCUGAUGAGAGAUCUCUUGAGACUUUCUACGAGCACCUAUAGUCAAGUCCGCAGCAGAGCUCAAAGUGUGUUGUUCACUGCACUGGGAACCUACAAUUUCUGCUGCAGAGAUCUAAUCCCCCAUGUCCUAGAGUUCCUCAACCCGAACAAUAGCAAAGUAACACAGCAACAGUUCAAAGGUGCCUUGUACUGUCUUCUGGGGAAUCACAGUGGAGUGUGCUUGGCCAAUCUGCAUGACUGGGAGUGCAUAGCUCUAACUUGGCCUGCCGUUGUACGCUCUGGCCUCAGCUCAGCCAUGUCUCUGGAGAAGCCCUCCAUUGUGCGGCUGUUUGAUGACCUUGCAGACAAAAUCCAUCGGCAAUAUGAGACCAUUGGCUUGGACUUCUCUAUCCCCAGUGAGUGCUGCAUGUUGGCUAAUCGACUUAUGAUUGCUGGAAAUCCGAUUCCUAAAGACCCUGUCCCUUCAGCGGAAGAAAUGGCAAAUGGUCUAAAGAAGCAAGAGCUCAAGAACUCCGAGUCUGUUGAAAAGUACAAACAACUCAUUGGUGAUCUGCUGCGUUGCAUCAACAACAGGAACAUGCCAUGGAAGUUUGAACACAUAGCAAUUGGCUUCUUGUCAUUGCUGCUGAGAGACGACCACCAACUUCCACCUCCUGCUGUUACGUUCUUUGUCAAAAGCCUCAACCAUGACUCUCUCUAUGUCCGAAAGGUGGCAAUAUCAGCUGUAGCAGGGAUCCUGAAACAAAUAAAGAGACCACACAAGAAAGUCCCCAUCAGCCCCUCUGAGCUUUGUGGCGUGAAGGAUUUGAGUGGAAAAGUAUCAGGGGACCGUCCAGAUAAUGAGUGGCUCCAGUACAACAGCAGCAGGCUCCCACGCACACAGCAGGACUGGGAUCACUGUGUGUUUGUGGAAAAGACUCACUGGGGAUACUAUUGCUGGCCAAGAGAGCUGAUGAUGUAUGCACCGCUGGAGGAGCAACCCAAACUGAACCUAGUCAGAGAUGAAAUGACAGAGUGGGAGCAGAUCAUCUUUGACCAUUUCUCAGACCCAGUAUUCAUCAACCAGUUCAUUGAGUUUCUGUCACUUGAGGACCGAAAGGGCAAAGACAAGUUUAGCCCUCGCAGAUUCUGUUUGUUCAAGGGAUUGUUCCGCAAUUUCGGCGAUGUGUUUCUUCCUGUGCUGCAACCACACAUGAAGCGCCUAGUGGCAGACUCCCACGAGAGCAAGCAGCGUUGUGUUGCGGAGAUUAUGUCAGGGUUGAUCAGGGGCUGCAAGCACUGGAGUUACUCCAAGAUCGAGGGUCUUUGGGAGGUAUUGUGUCCACUGCUCCGCACAGCCCUGUCAAACAUCACGGUCGAAACGUAUGCAGACUGGGGCACCUGCAUUGCCACUGCCUGUGAGAGCAGAGACCCACGCAAACUCUACUGGCUGUUUGAAAUGCUAAUGGAGUCUCCAGUCAAUGGAGAGGGAGGCUCCUUUGUGGAUGCUUGCCGUCUGUACGUGCUGCAGGGCGGCCUAGCUCAGCAGGAGUGGCGCGUGCCAGAGCUCCUCAAUAGGUUGCUACAAUACCUAGAACCUAAACUCACACAGGUCUAUAAGAAUGUGCGGGAGCGAAUCGGCAGUGUGCUCACUUACAUCUUCAUGAUUGAUGUGAACCUGCCAUACACCCAGCCAACCACCUCUCCACGCAUCUCAGACUUCACUGAGAGGAUUUUGUUGCAGCUAAAGCCUUUAACCGAGGGCGAUGAGGAGAUCCAGAACCAUGUGAUUGAGGAGAAUGAGGUGGGGGUGCAGGAUGAGAGGACACAAGCUAUCAAGCUACUCAAGACAGUGCUCAAGUGGCUGAUUUCAAGUGCAGGUCGCUCCUUCACCACUGCUGUACCGGAACAGCUAAAGUUGCUUCCCCUGCUUUUCAAGAUUGCUCCAGUUGAAAAUGACGACAGCUACGAUGAGCUGAAGAGGGAUGCUAAGACCUGCCUGUCUCUGAUGUCUCAGGGACUCCUCUACACAGAGCAGAUUCCUAUGGUACUCAUUUCUCUGCAGGAGAUUGCCGGCAGCAGCUCCUGGCACGCUCGCUACACGGUGCUCACAUACCUCCAGAUUAUGGUUUUUUACAACCUGUUCACCUUCAUGAGUGACCAGAAAGCUGUGGAUGACGUGCGGGCACUGGUCGUACGGCUGCUGGAGGACGAGCAGCUGGAGGUGAGAGAAAUGGCCGCUACGACACUCAGUGGCUUCCUUCAGUGCAACUUCCUCUCCAUGGACACCCCAAUGCAGGCAUAUUUUGAGGCCCUCUGCAAGACUUCUUUACCUAAAAAGAGAAAAAGAGAACUUGGAGUUAUAGUGGACACCAUACCCUCUGCUGACCUGGUGCGUCGUCACGCUGGUGUUCUCGGGUUAAGCGCUUGCAUUCUCUCCAGUCCGUAUGAUGUUCCCACCUGGAUGCCACAGCUCUUGAUGGACCUCAGUAAUCACCUCAAUGACACACAACCAAUUGAAAUGACUGUGAAGAAAACUCUGUCGAACUUCCGACGAACCCACCACGACAACUGGCAGCAACAUAAGCAGCAGUUCACAGACGACCAGCUACUCGUCCUGACUGACUUACUGGUCUCCCCGUGUUAUUAUGCCUAAAAGCUGGUAAAUCAUAUCACGUAACUCGACACUGCUCUUCAAACAUGAACAUUUAACUGAAUGUGUUCACAGGAACCACCCAGAGGUGUUAAUGAAGCUGCAGAAGGGAUCUCUGUGAAGGGAGAGAAUUCCUCGAGCUACUUUUUUUACACGUACGUUUGCUCGUGUGUCACUUGUUUUACUUUGGGACACUGCCGCACUGUACAGACAUUUGACUGAUAAAGACGGUAUCACCAAGCUUUUAAGAAUGGCACAGAAUGAUUGAAAAGUUGUGUAUUUAUGUAUUUAGCUCAUUUACAUUUCUACUAUACUUAAUAUUUAAGGAUCAAUCAUAGCAGGGAUGACUGACCUGCUGUUUGUAUCAUUACUGUACAGUGACUGUACAGUGUUUUUGGUUUUCAUUCUUGUUUUGGUUCUUUUGGUUUGUGUGCAUGUGCACAAAUGUAUGAGUGUGGCGCGCAUUCAUGGGAUGCUUGAAGACAUGGACUGGUGUCCUACACAUUUCUCAGGAUUAUAUUGCAAGAAUCAGCUCUGAGCCAACACCAUGUCCAGUGUAGGACAUUCUAUUUACUAUCUUCCAGUAGUGAAGUGUUUGCUACAAGCCACAAAGAAGAAUGGUCUCCUUUGGUUAGACUUGAACCUGCGACACGCAGUGUUUGUGUGGCUGUUUGAUCUAUAUGUGAUUGUAUGCACCACGUGUGCAUAUGUCAAACUAUAGCAAAUGUACACAAACAUAUUUAUUUAUUUAUUAAUUUGAUUUAU